AUGAUUAUGGCGAGGUUAUUAUGCAUGGCAGAUGACAAUGAGGUCACUGGAGUGUCACCUGUGGCUGAUGAAUGGGAUAUGCUAUCCCUGUCUUCAUCAAUAUAUGCUAGUCCGUUAUUCCGAAGAGGAUUUGAUCCAAUUAAUUUGCCUGGAUAUGGGGAUGUGAUUAAUAUUCAGGAAGGCACACAAACUGGAUUAGUCAUGUCAGAUGGCUUUGUGUUCCCUCCAAGUGAGCAUGAGAAUUUGCCGAUAGAACCAGAGCAUGAGAAUUUGCCAAUAGAACCAGAGCAUGAUGAAUCAAAUACAAACAGCGAUGGAAAGGAAAGUAGUUGUGCUGGAAAUAACGAUGAUGACUGGUAUCAUGUAUCACCUGAAGAAAUUGAUGGCAUAAGUAAUGAAAAUCUAUCUGACAACAGUGACUUGCCUGCUGUCAGUGAAGCUACCGUACCAGAUUCCCACCCCACAGAAAUAAAUGCUAAGCGAGAGAAAGGUCAUACGACAUGCAAGGCUGUUCUUCCUUGUGAAAGAUGGUGGAAAAGGAAAACCACUUAUCUAUUUCAUCAUAUAAAAGGAGUGACUACAGUCUGCUCUGUUGUGGCAGCUGGUGCUGUUGUUGGUUUUGUUGUAAUGGGUCAGAGGUGGCAGCAGGACCAUUGGCACCUUCAUCAAUUUAAGUUCAGUGUCAGUGGUGAGAGCAUGAGUCGAGUCAUUGGAGCGUUCAGUCGUUUGAAGGAUGGGCUUCCUGGGAGUGAGCAGCUAAGAUCUCUGCUGCCGACUCGAGUACUCCCGCAACAGCCACUGGGCGCUUGA